AUGAGACAAACACUUCGGCGAUCUUGUGCUGCAUGUGCGAAGUUGAAACACGGCUGUGACCUUCGGUUACCGCGCUGCUCAAGAUGUGUCAAACGCAAAGUCCUCUGUGUCUAUGCGAAUGAACCCUCCGCGGCAUCUACCGGCACUAACAAUGCCUCCUUGAUAGGACCCCCAAUUGGAGCUGGGUCAUUAUCGGGGUACACAUUUGGAUCGCUUGACCCAUUUGACUCGUAUCCGCCAACGAGACUUCCCCGAGAGCAGAUUCAACGCCUCAUUUAUAGCUUCCAUCACAAAAUAGCAUUUCAAUAUUAUCCUCUUGACCUCAAGGCGACCUCGAAUCCAUUCCUCAUUUCAUGGUGGCCACUUGCUCUUGGGGAUCCUGCACUAUUCCAUGUCUCAUUACAGACAGCGUGUCUUGAUGAAGAGCGAGCGGCGCAGAAGGGAUUUCGAUCUUCCGAAAUUCUGAUGACUGACUCUAUAGCUCUACUACGGCGUAAGAUUGAGGAUACAUCUCUUGCUAUUCAAGACGGCACGAUGAACUCCGUGAUUACAUUGGCAACAAUUGAGUUUGGGAAAGGCAACUAUGAAACCAGUCAAAUGCACAUCGAGGGCGUGAAACGACUUGUCAGUUUAAGAGGAGGCAUCAGCUCGGUGAGACAGACUAGUCCACUAACAGCAAGAAUGAUCAGUUGGGUAUCAAUGCUGAUCAUGGAUCAUCCGCAAUUUGAGACUCAGGAUGACUUUGGAAUCGGAGAUGGCAUACCCCCCAUUGCAGAAUGGCAGAUUGAACCGGCUUUCACUUACAACGACUUACAUGAAAAUCUCAAUAUGGAGGGACCGGAUGAGGUGAUUAACGUUUUUAUGCGUCUGCGCAAUGUUUUUCAACGAGCCAACCGGGGGCCGUUCCCAAACACACAACUUCAUGAUCUCACAUGCUUUGUUGUACAUCGUCUUCUCUUUUCAACCGCGGGUGCGUCCGAGUCGAUACCUAAACUAUCACCAACGACCGAGUGCAUCCGAUAUGCUAUAAUUCUCUACUUGUUCAUUGUUCAAGGCCCAAUAUAUUACCCCCACGACGUGAUGCUUAACAAUAUGAUCGCUAAACUCAUCAAUAACCUCGAGCAACGCAAUCGCACAUCGCCCGAACCGGAGUCACUCGAUGUUUGGCUCAUUGCAGUUGGGAUGGUGGCUUCAACAGGAACGCCACUAUAUGAGUGGUUCUCCAAUAAAGCGCCAGAAACCGCCAGUCGUCUAUAUAUGAAGAGCGCCCAAGAAGUCCUCGAUUGCAUAAAAGGUGUUUUGUGGCUUGAUAAGCCACAGACUGAGUUUAUCUUCAAUGAGCAGUGUGAAGGAUUUCUCUCUGCUGAGUCUCGGUCGAGUUCACCAGGUCUUCGAAGAACAUUUCAACCUAGUAGCGUGCUGGCUGAGCUUCUAUGA